AUGGCCGAACUCGCUGCUCUCGGUGCUGCCGCAAGUGUAUUGCAGGUCAUCGACUUUGGCACGCGCUUCGUCGCCACCGCAUGGAAGAUCAGUCAAUCUGAAAAGCUUCACCACAAGUCCGGUCCAAGGCUGGAUGACUUUGUCAUAAGUUUGGAACAGCUUGAGGAGUCCUCCGCCAAUCUUCGCGAUGCCCAGCGCGAGCUUCAAACCAUUUACACUCAUCCAGGCGCCGUAGAUGCAAGUAUACGGUCGUUGGCUCAGAAGAGCGAGUCAAUUUCAAAAGAAAUGCUCGAUUCACUGGACCGGGUCAAGAAGGAUGAUAAAGGCAGGAAGCGCGAUGUGUUGAGAAAAACGUGGUUGAUCUUGUGGAAGGAGGAUAAGUCGAAGAGCCUAGAGAGUAGGCUAACCGAAGCCAAAACCGACUUAACAUUCUAUCUCUCAAUCAACCUGAGGUCUAUCGCCAGAAAGACUUUGGAAGCCCAAGAACACAUGCUCCUGGAGAUGCGCGAAAUGAGGGUUGAUCUCAAACAACUGGGUGCCUCCGGCUUCAAUACUGUGAGAAUGGGAGUUGGCUCCUUGGCUCUUGAGUACCUGACCAGUGGUCUUCGCCAUGAGAUCAAAUCCGAAUUUCUUGGUGCUUUGAUUGCUAUCAUACAGAACACUGGCGCCUCCAGUGCUCCGCAAGACCUAUCAAGCAUCCAGUUAUCUCAGCAGAGAAGGCACCAUCUUGAAAAGAUCUUCGUCUCGAGAAUCCGAUACGACACAAUACAAGAGAGAGAGCUCACCAUCAAAGAUGCCUACCAGGGCACCUUUCGUUGGAUCUUUGACGACGAAAAUUCCACCAGCUUCAAAAACUGGCUUUCAUCUGAUGGCAAACUAUACUGGAUCACUGGGAAGCCGGGCUCGGGGAAAUCUACGUUGAUGAGGUAUCUUAUGCAACCUACCCGUCUGCCUUCGAGGCAGAGCAGAUGCGAAGAGCAACUGAUGCAGUGGGCAGGAAAUGGAGAGAAUCUCACGAUUAUCUCGUUUCAUUUCUGGGCAAUUGGAUCACCGAUGCAAAGAACGAAAGAAGGCCUGUUCCGCACCCUUCUUGUCCAGCUUUUCCAAGCCCACCCAGAAGUUAUUCCCACGGUAGCCCCUUCACGUUGGGAAUCCUUGUCUCUCUUCAAUGAAGACCCUCAGCACUUGACUGAGACAGAAUUGGGUGAUAUGUUUCGCCAAGCUAUCACUCAUAUAAGCACUCGGGCUAAGCUUGCCCUGUUCAUCGACGGCCUAGACGAGUUCGAUGGUGACUGCAACGCUCUUGUCUCGUUGAUAGGAGAGUGUACAUUAUGUUCCAUUAAGAUAUGCGUUUCAAGUCGUCCGUGGACUGAAUUCGAGAAUGCUUUCGGCGAGUACCCACAGCUUAGAAUGGAGGAUCUGACUUACAAUGAUAUGACCAGGUAUGUCAUGGCUAAGUUCGGAGCAAAUCCCCGUUUCAGGACGUUCCAGGAAAGACAUCCUGAGGUGGCGAUCGACAUCAGUCGUUCUGUUACCGAGAAGGCCAAUGGGGUGUUCUUGUGGGUUAAUAUUGUUGUCUCUUCGCUACUGGCGGGUAUAGUGUCUGGUGAUCGAAUUGAGGACCUUGAGAGCCGACUUGAUCUGCUCCCACCAGAGAUUCAAGACUUAUACGAAAAGAUUAUCGAGAGCAUAGACCCGAUCUACCGCGAACAUGCUGCUCAGCUCUUUAAACUGAAGUCGACGUGUACAGAGACACCCUCUCUUCAACUGCUCUGGUAUGCAGAUGAGGUCAAAUUCUUGGAACGGGUCAUUGAUGAAGUAUCUGGCACUGUUACAGUGAAAGAGAUGCAGGGGCGGCUGGAAGACAUGCGCCUGCGCCUUGUUAGUCGGUGCAAAGGCCUCCUUGAGGUUCACGAACACGCCUCCCCAGAACCAUCUCGUUCUAAGGACAAAAUCAGCCCUGAUGAAGUUGCAGCGUAUACUGGCGGUCCUGUCACCUAUCUGCACAGAACAUUUUCUGACUUCCUCGACAGGCAUGACGUCCAGGAAAAGUUGGAUGGGUUUAUCGUUAAAACUUACGAUCCUAAUCUGAGAAUCUCUGCAGCUUAUGUUGCCUUGGCCAAGCUUUGGCUGCGGUCAAUGGCGAUGGACAGAAACAGCAACUACUUAAUCCUCGACGAGCGAAACUCUGCAAUUACUGGAUCACCUGAGAACUAA